AGGAAAGGUACAGAAAAAGGCCGGACUCGGAAAAGGAACAGGCAACGGGCGGGACGGGCAGCGGACGGGAGGGGAUGCGAGGGAGGCCUGCAUUGGAGCAAAAUCAGAGCUGCGGAUUGUGUUGGUCAGAGGCCGAAGCGAGAGAAAGUACAGAACAAGAAUCUGGAUUUAUGACAAGAUGGCUGGUGAAAGAGAUUGAUGGCGGUGCAGGAGGAGGCUGAUGUUUCAGGGGGCUAUGAGCAGGCCCGCGUGAGGAGGCUGGGUUUAGACUGUACCGCGAAAUCUUGUUCAGACGUCAGUCGCAGAUGUGCAGGGCACCGAAAGGCUCAUCGAUUCUGCUUGGCGUUUUCAUUCUGCUCUGCGUGUCUCGUCGUCGUCGGGCCCCGCUACGACAUCCGCUGCUGCUGCACGCCUGCGCGUCGGAGCUGCUGCGGCUCCAGCGAAUGCUGCUAGUCCGGGCCGCGUGGAAAUGUUUCGGAUGAAUAAUUUGAACGUAACGGCUGAAGGGCCUUCGCGGCCGCUCUCGAUGCAAGGAAGCUCUCGACGGCCCGCGAGGUGUCGGGGAGGAAGCCCGAUGUAAGCCGCGUGCGCAGAGCAUUCUGGAUUCUUUCAUGGGUGACGUAAAAUUUCAAAGCAGUCCACGGAACAGAGGACUUCCCCUGUUUUGUGUUCUGGAAGGCCCCGUGUUGGUGAUGAGAAUUGGUGCGCUCGUUUUCUGGUGAAAGCGAUGGAUUUGGAGUUCUUAUUGGUUGGUGUUUGGGUGUUGUUGCCCCUCUUGUAACAGAGGCGUGACUCCGGUGCGAAUUCGGACAGCAUGUGUUUUUCGCGGUUGGUGGAAAAGAUGACCGCCAGUCGGAAAGAACAGAGCAUGUAGCUGUUGAGUGAGAUCAGGACGUUACAUUCACCUUCCACGACAGGACACCUUCACCUUGUGGGUGACCUCCCCUGGAGUGGAGGAAUUCGGGCACGACGUCGUUUUUCUUGAUGUGGUUCAAAAUAUUUGAGUGAGAAGAUGGCUUCUACAUUGCCUCGCCUUGGGAGAACACGGUUGGGAGACCCAUCCACGUCAACCAAGUGGACAAUUGAGACAGGAUGUGACGGUCCCUGAGGUGGCUGUAUUUUUGAGAGACAAGAGGGUGCCUAUAUUCUGUCUCAUUGACGGUCAAGGGGACCAAAUUGGAACAAGUACAUAUACCAGACAAGUGGAGGAAUUUUGACAGAAUGUCAUUCUCCUUGGAGUAGUUCAGAUGUCGAGCUUCGUGGGGGUAGAUGUUGUAUCCCGUUGUGAAAUUGACAUCCACCGACAUGGAUUCUUGGUUACCGAUAUUCCUGCUCUGAGGAUGCACGCGUAGCGCUCCUCUAUAAGCUCAGGGGCAUGAUGUGGAGGAUCCUCUGAGUCUGUGCAUAGGACUUGAAUCGUCCUGGGAUUGCAUCCGAGAAGGUGAUCUCACAAGUUUCGAUAUCCGCUCAACCCCGACAACUAUCUUAAAACAUGAAGAAAGUGGAACGCUGGAAGAUCAGUGGGAUCGAAUUUGACGUCCUUAGAAGUCAUGACAUUCUGAAACUGUCGGUGGUCGAAAACGAUUCUAUUGCUGGGCUUAUUGAAAGGCCGAAAGACCUGUACGAUGCUCGCCUGGGGAUCCCCAAUGAAAGUAGGCGAUGUGAGACUUGCCAAGGCACAAGGCGUGGGGUUUGCGAUGCGAAACUCAGCUGUGAUGGUCACUUCGGCCACAUCGAGCUGCCGUCAGCCAUCUACCAUCCUUAUCAUGUACGACGAGUGGUCAAGUGUCUAUCCAAGAUUUGCCUCGGCUGUUCGAGAGCUUUCAAAAAGAAGAUUCGACCAAAUCCUAUUCAACUCGACGAUGUUCCUGAUGCAGUGGAAUCACAAGAGUCUGCGACGGGGAAAAGAGUUACCCGUAAACGUAAGUUUUCAGAAACGGAGUCGGAGAAGAAAGUGCCGAAGAGUCGUAAGCGAAAUGGCAUCCAAAAGUGGCUCGACAGGUUGGAUUGCGAUAAUGAUGUCGCCGGAGUCAAAGAGGAAGAUGGCCACGAUGUCUACACCACUAAAUAUCGCUCAUGGUCAUCAUCUGUUCCGAAAUCAACAUCCCCACCUCUGGUUCAAGUCAAAGAUGAACCUAUGGACUUUCGUAUCGACGACUCGUACCCUGUGCCGCCGACUCAGGAGAAAACUGUGAAGGAUGCUGCCGGGAGGUCCAGCACGAAGGAUCGUGCUCACACUAGGGUCACUGGACGCUUCCAUGGGUCUGCUCAAAGAGGCGCAAAAGAGGUUCGACGGGAGCCGAGGGGAGAACCUGAGGCUUAUCCAGGUCAUUCGAGGGAGGAUGGUUCAGAGACUGCAUCGGAGAAUAGUUGCAGAUAUUGUGGUAAGAGUUCUGAAGGUUUGGGACCUAAGUUUCCAAAAGUUGUUCUUCGGGUUGUUACUAUAGUGACAAGAAGCGGUAGAGUAGACGCUAUUCAGAUGAUUGCUGAAGUAAAACAUCGAGGCGCUCAGAUCCCCAGCGGAUUCUGGGAUUUCGUCGGAGGACACCCCGGAGCAGAAACGGAAAAUUCGAGGGUGUUACUUCCAUUUGAGGCGCUGAAGAUUCUUCGAAAAGUGCCGGUGGAAGAUCAUGCCAGAUUAGAUAUGGACAGAGUUGUCACUCAUCCUGAGGCAUUUAUUCCUUUUGUGAUUCCUGUGACACCGAAUUGCAAUCGGCUCAUUAUGGAUGAUUGGAGCAGUACCCUUAUGCCUAGAAUCAUUCUGGGCAGAGGUGGUCCAAACUCUAAACUAGAGGCUCUUGUUAGCAAAGUGAGGCAAAUCAAUUCGACCAAAUCAAGUGGUAAGCGAACAUUUACCACCGAGAGACGUGAUGUGGAAGAGUUGCAACUGCUGGUUGCUAGGCAUCUGAGGGCAUGUAAGGUGACGGAUUUUAGCUCAUUUGGUAAGCAAAAAACUACAGAGCAAGAAACGGGUGGAAGUCUUGAACUCAAGUGGCUCAAAAAUCAUGUGUUAUCAAAGCGCUCCAACUUUUCAGCGCGAACUAUCGUGAAUGGAGAUCCUAAUAUCUCCAUCUGCGAGAUUGGAAUACCCUAUGAGAUGGCUCUCAGCCUUACAGUGCAAGAGACAGUGAACAGUGUGAACCUCCGUAACUGGCAGAAAGUUAUAGCUGAUAUUAAAAGUGGGAGAUUGGUGUCUCCUCCGGGUCCCUUGUUUCUGAGGACGCGGAAAAAUCUGUUCGACCUUCGCGAAAAGUGCUCAUCAAUAUUGAGCAAUUACGAGGUGAGAGCUGGGGACGUUUUUACCCGGUGUCUACAAAAUGGAGACUACCUUUUUGCGAACAGGCCUCCAUCUUUACAUAAACAUUCGCUAAUUGCCUUGAAGGUGAAGCUUCAUCAUCCACUGACGUUUGCUAUCAAUCCACUGAUCUGUGCACCAUUUGAUGCUGACUUCGAUGGGGAUGCAUUUCACGUAUUUGUGCCUCAGGCUGUUGAGAGCAUAGCUGAGCUUAGUGAACUUAUGUCUGUUUCAUCACAACUGGUAAGCACACAAGGAGGGCAAGUGCUAAUAUCUCUUACUCAAGACACUUUAGUGGGAGGACAUUUCCUCACUCGCUAUCAUAACUUUUUCAAUCACGCUGAAUUCUGCCAGUUGAGCAUGUCAUGCUCCGUAGUUAUGCCACUUCCUGCAAUAGUGAAAAGUCCUGCUGGUCCACUCUGGACCGGGAAACAGCUGUAUAGCAUGACCCUUCCUCGUGGAUUUGACUUUGGUACCUUACGUGGAGAUAUCUAUGUGAAGAGCGGAGAGUUAUUGAUCUGCAAAGGGAGUUCAGGUUGGCUCCAGACAUCAGUAAAAGGAAUUGUAAAAGCCAUCUGCGACCAUCCAGGCCCAAAGGCUGCUUUGAAGUACCUCAACUCUGUUCAAGCUAUGUUGCAUCAGUGGCUCAUGAGUCGGGGAUUCAGUGUUGGGCUGAAAGAUUUUUAUUUAGCUAAGACCAGGGAGUCAAGGAGGACUAUGCUAGAAGGAAUAAGAAGAUGUUUGCAGAGAUCAGAGGAGGCAUCUCUAAGACAGGUUUUAAAGCUUGACCCUACGGUGCAGGCAAGGAUAUUAUGCCCGAAACCAGAUCCCUUACAAGCGCUUGAAGACGUCAAACAUGGGGGCUGCUUUGGUUUAUUGCUUGGAGAAAAUAGAAAAUCUUUAAAGAUCAAGGAUCUGCAGAGGUCAGCUAUAGAAAAAUUUCAGAGCACGGUUCCUAUCAUUGAUAACCUUAUAUACGCAUAUAUUGAUUCUGAUAAUUCUCUGCUCGCCAUGGUCAAGAGUGGGAGCAAAGGUUCAAUGAGUAGACUCGUCCAUCAAACCGCAUGCUUGGGAUUGCAACUUUAUAAGGGAGAGAACCUAAUUUCCGUUAACAAACCAAAUAACAAGUUGUUUUAUUACAAUCAGUCUCUGAAAUUCAGAAGAGAAGAUGUUUUUGACAACAAGAAUGAGAUUAUCUGCCAACCCGGAUACUGGGAGUCGAAGGGUAUAAUAACCAGUUCCUUCUUGGAUGGGCUCAACCCGGCUGAAUUUUAUCUACACACUUGGAGCGCAAGAGGAGGAAUGCUACGUGAAGGCAUUGAAGAGCCGAACAAGAUCAUGCGGAACCUUUUCCUCUUCAUGCGAGACUUGUAUGUUGCUUAUGAUGGCUCUGUCAGAGAUACUACUGCGAAGCGCAUUAUCCAAUUUCAAUAUGGAGGAUUGAAAAAGAAUAGUAAAGAGACUCACUCGGAGGCUGCACAAAUGGCUGGAGAACCUGUGGGUGCUUUGGCUGCGACUGCAAUAGCUGAACCUUCAUAUUCUGUGAAGCUGGAUUCAUAUCAUUCAAGUCAGCUUUUGAAGGCUGGUCCAAUACAGCUUUUGCAGGAAACGCUUUUUCCAAGACGGGAGAGUACAUUGACGAUGAGGGACAGAUCUGUCAUCUUGCGAAUGUUCCCUGAAUUCGGAGUACAAAGGCGUGCUCUAAGACUGAAAAGAGGAGUGGAGAGAGUACCUCUUAAGAAAUUCGUCAGCACUUUAGCUCUUGAGUUUUCAAACCAUGGUGGAACAUACGAGAAAGUUUACUAUGACGAGCGCAAGAAAGCAUCUAACGAAUGUGUGAAGCGGUCUUCUCCGUGGCAAUGUCGUGUACUUCUUAACAAGAAAGCUUUAAGGGAUUACGACCUGGAUGCAACUGCAGUGAAAGUUCGGCUCUACCAUAAGUUUAAUAGCGCGACAUCUGCGGACGGAUUACCAAGCAUUAUUUUUGUGGACACAAUUGGUUACAACUCGCGUUUUCUUCCGGAGAUCAUGGAUGAGUGCCUGGUUUUCUUCUUUCAUGAAUGUGGAGAAGUUCCUCCUCCCACCGGGCAAACAAGUAACCCGAUUAGAUUAGGAGAAAAAAACGUUUCCAAUCGCACUCUUGAAGGUGAAAAGGACAAAACCCGGAAAAUUUCAUCAGAGAUGAUCACAAAUUUUCUUAUCCCUGAGCUACUGAGCACCACCGUGAAAGGGCACGACGAAAUCGAAGAGGUCAAAGUCAUUUGGGAGGACAGGGAUGCUGGAUGCCGAGUUGCGAGACCAUGUCAUUAUCCGCCUUUCCCGAUGAAUGGUAACCCAGACCAAGGGGAGCUGGUCUUAGAAGUACAUACUAGAAAACCGAAAGGCGCGGGGAGAAGAGGUUCUGCCUAUUCUAUUGUGAAGGAGGCAUUUACUUUAUUCAUGGACGAUAUCGACUGGGCACGCAGCACGCCUUACUCGGUCCAGGAGAUUAAGCAGGCAUUUGGUGUGGAAGCUGCUCAUUUGUCUAUGUUUAGGAGAUUACGCUCGGCUACCAAAGACAUGGGGAAACCUGUGAGAGAGGAGCACCUGUUUCUGGUGGCGGACGCCUUGACACAUAGUGGAGAGGUUGCAGGCCUGAGUCUAGCCGGUUAUAGGGAUCACUGCGUGCAGCUAUCCAUGUCAACACCAUUUACACAGGCUUCCUUUCAAGAACCGAAGAAGAACUUUUUCCAAAUGGCCGUUAGAGGUGCUCGUGACAAUCUUGGUGGAGCCUUGGCUUCUGCUGUUUGGGGCAGACAGAUACCCCUCGGCAGUGGUGCAGACUUCAAAGUUGUGCCGAAUCCGGAGGAAGAGAGGAAGUGCACUACACAAAAUGGUGUCAAAUCGGGAUCUAAGUUGCUGGCAGGCCUGAAGGGCUAUCUCUCUUCCUCAAUUGCUAACAGAGAGAGUGGCAAGAUAACGCCCAGAAAACAGCAUGGCGUCAUGAGAAGCUCUGUCGAUGGCAAGCUGCAUAAGAGAAAGAAAGACCUUGAUACCAUUGUAAAGAAUAUUGACAUCCAGAUGUUGGAUAAAAACCUCAUGGAAAGGUUACGUCUUCUUCUUAAGAGUUGCAAUGUCGGCGACACAGUGGAUGCGGAGUCGCAGAAGAUGUUAUUACAGGAUGUAUUGAUCCAUCAUCCACGGAGGGAAGAGAAAUUUGGAUGUGGAGUGAUUUCUGUCAAGGUGGAUAACCAUCCAGAAUAUCCGUCAACGAAGUGCUUCCAUGUAAUUCGGACUGACGGUUCGACAAGUGAUUUUUCAUAUCGGAAGUGCUUGGAAGCCAAGUGGCAGAACAGUUCCACACAACAUCCACCGACAUAGUAUAUGAACUCCUUCACAUUCCCAUGUUGAGCAAAUUAUAUACAUUUCAAAAGUUAGUACUUGGUUGAUUGUACAAAUCAUGUUCUUAGAUGUACGAGAUGGAAUCACCCUUUCGAUAACAACUUAGGUUACGCUCGUUAAGAAAUUCAUGUUCAUGUUGUACAUAGGGUACAUACACAACAGGAAAGCCUGGUCCUCAUUCUUGGGCAGGGAUGAAAGUUCCCUUGGUUAUUAAAAGUUAUCUUUUCGGGUAAUCAGUUUCGAGCAGAUCAUCUUGGUAUGAAGAUAUUGAUCAUACCAGUUCUUAGAAUGCUCUUCCCAAUUCUUUGAUUCAUGAGCUUUCAUGAGCUUUCUAUCAUGAUCUUUCAUGUUUCCGUAACUGGUACCAUUGUAAUUUGGAGGAGGCGAAGACCAUAGGCAAUCGCAUUCUAUGAUGCAACCUC